UCCGUGGUACUAGUACUAUGUGGCCUGACAACAUUUGGUUACGGGAUGGAUUCAGCAUAGCGUUACCGAGUAUCUAGAAUAUUCUUCCGAUAAUACCAAAAUAAAAUGGGAGGAAAAAGUCCCUGGCAGAUGGUAAGACAAAAUACAACGAAAAAGGCUCCUGGACUUCCUUAUUUGAUCAGCAACCUGUGACCUACAUCCUGAGUAUAUGAGGAAGUGCCAUCGAGCCAUGUUUCAAAAGUAACCAUGUUCGUCCUCGCUGCGUGGUUAAUCCUGGCAACAGUUUCCAUACCUGUCCACUCCCUGGAUCCCAAAGUCCUACGGGAAAUCAUUCUCAACUUCGACCCUAAGUCCCUGACAGCGUCUUGCAGAAAAGUAUUUCACAAAUGCAAGACCAAGGUUAUUCCUAUGCUGAUGUACGCCGACGAAUUAUUGAAGAACAUGGAUAAGUUUCUGGCUGUUGAAUGUGUUGGCAAAGAACUCGCAAAAGGGUUUCCUCGAUUCGAUAUUGAAUGCAAGAUGGAAGGAGACUUCGCCGAGGGAAUUGCCUGCAUCAGGGACCCAAAAAUACUGGAGAUUGUGGGACCGGAAAUUAUCAAGGCCGGUGACCCAGCAAUGCGCUGUGCUAUCGAAGCAGCAUCUUAACUAUGCUCGGUAGAACCAUGGAGGAAUUACAGCGGGAUUCUAUGCACAAGAACAAGGUCCUUGCUCGACAAUAAAAUAAAUAUCUAAACUUGA